UGUUUCGCUGCGUCGGGACCAGAGGACGCAAAUCAAGUGAAACAAAUCUCCUGACAGGAGAAAAGUUCAUGCUGGAGUUUCCAAAGACCUCCGAGGGCCUUAUGAAGUCCAAGCUGAAUAUGGAGAAUUUGACCAAGCCAGAGUUGCUGAUGCUUUUCAGCAUCCUGGAAGGAGAGCUGGAGGCCCGGGACCUGGUCAUUGAUACCCUAAAGGCCCAGCGUAAAGAACUGUUUAUCCAGGAGCGCUAUGGCAGGUACAACCUCAGCGACCCCUUCCUGGCCUUGCAGAGGGACAGUGAGGUUGUAGGGGACCAGAACAAGGACCCGGGCUGUUCCUCCCCCACCUCCAACCCUCUGGUGGUUCUCAAACUGGUGGUGAGCCACUGCAGGAGGAUGCAGGAGAAGAUGUUGGCCCAGCUGGCUGCAGUGGAAAGCAGGCACAGAAGGGUCAUUGCCGAUCUGGAGGAGGAACGGAGGAGGCACGCUGAGGACACCGCCGAGGGAGAUGAUGUCACCUACAUCCUGGAGAAAGAGAGGGAGCGCUUACAACAACAGCUGGAGUUUGAGCGGAGCCAGGUCCGGCGGUUGGAAAAAGAACAGCGGCGAAUUACUGACCAGCUAGAAGAAGAACGGGCUCAGCACAAACAGCUCUCCUGCACCUUGGCCAAAGAGUGCAAGUGGGCAAGUGCCAGGGCUCUGGAGGAGGGUCACCGGCUGACGGAGCUGAGCCGUACACUUGACAAGGAGGAGCAGGCUUGUCAGGCACUGAGAAACGAGCUGGAAGAUGAGAGGAGGCGAGCUCUGAGAAUGGAGGCGAGGGUGGAAGAGCAGCUGGCCGAGUUUGACACUGAGCGAGAGCAACUCCGCUCACGUUUGAAGAAGGAGGAAGCUCACUGCUGUCAGCUACAACAACAGGUAGAGGAGCUGAAGAGGACGCUGGAGGAGGUGAAUAUGAUGAGAGAUGUUGGGGAGGCAGUUACAGCUCCAGUAGAGGCAGUAGGAAAGGAGUGGGCCAUGAAAGUUCCUCCAGCAAAGACAGUAGUAGAGACUAUUACGGUGGAGGAGAUUGAGGAAGACCAAAGCCCACAACCUGAGCAGCCAAAAGUCAACUGUCACCACUGUCCGAUGGAGACCAAUGGGCACCACGGUCCAACCAACGCCUUCCCAGAUAACAUUGUACAGAAUGGGAAUGAGAAUUCUCUAAUUUAUCAGAGCCAGACAUCAUUCUCCCCCUGCAGUGUCACCCCCUCCACAUUCCCUCCUUCCUCCCCAUGCGCUUCACCUGUCCUUGCCAAACGCCCACCAGGCAGCCCGAGCCCUGGUAGCUACCAGUCUCCCUACCAGGCCGGGAUCAACCAGCGCUUCCACGCUGCUCGUCAUCGGUUCCAGGGUACCACUGACCCAGAGCCUCCGUCCCAGGCCACACAGCCAGCUCUCCCCCUCUCACCAAAGGAUGUCUCCCCUGUGACCAGCGGCUCGUCCCUAGAAACCAGCCCAGUCAAGCAGAUGGCCCGAAGCACAGUCACUCAAGUCCUGUCUCGCUUCACCACCGUACAGCAGAGCGCCACACCGAAGCUCGCAACACCAAACAAUUCACCCUUUGGUACAGACUACCGCAGCCUAGCAGCGCCUUUGUCUCCGAUCAUCGGAAGGGCCGCAGGAGUACUUCAGCAGGGGAUCCAAUCACCUACUACCCCCAGGGCAGAAAGGGGCAACCCUCCACCCAUCCCCCCUAAGAAGCCCGGUCUGGCCCAGGCCCCUCCCUCCCCGGCAGCAGUGCCCAGGUCCGCCAGCCACUUCUCUGACAGCCCCCUCUCAGCCAGCUGUGGCCUCACCUCCAGCCAGGAGGGAGUCAAAGAACUGGACAUGGUGGUUUCUUCUAAUUAACUGGUCAUUUGAUUGGUCAGUGAAUGAGUUAGCUGCUUCUCUGCUUGUGACACGAUAGUUGAAUCCACAUCUCAUAAUCAUGAUUGUUGAGAUAUUGCUUUGUACUUGACAGAAUUUAUAUUCUGUGCUUAUUUUAACAGAGGUCUCUUCAAACACUGUUAUUGUAUUUAUUACAUUUUUUUGGUAUGUGCUGAGGCACUAUUCAAGAUAGUGGUGAAAGAGCUGGUACUAAUGAAGAGGUACAACUGAUAGGGUUGUGCGAAUAUUGAAAUUCCCUUACUGACGACAUAGCUUUAACCAGUCCCUCCAGGAUUUUGCGAUGUCGCAAUCGCACCAAUUCACGCCAAUUCAACCAAUCAACGCAACUUUGGUGCGACUCGCAAUUUUGACCAAUCACCGUAACGUUUUUGCAGAUUUGACCAAUAACUGGAGUUUGCCGCAACUUCCCAAUCCCAGCAGUCCCACGUGCCAGACAGAUUAGUAUGGGACUCUGAGAGCCAAUGACCAAGCGGGAGUGAGAACGGGUUGAGGUCAUACGUGCGUGGCCAUAUAAAUUUCCUUGUUUAGUGAGAUGCGUGUGACUUGAACAUCUCACAUUUACGAACAAAACGUACAGUGAAAGACGAAAUGUCAAACCGUCCUGCCAACCUUUAUUCAUCUGAACAUCAAUGUACGCGUUCAUGUUUUUUUCACUAUAAACUCGCUGUAGCGGCUGUGGUUUCAAUUCUUUCGGGUCUCUGCAACGGACGGGGCUGCUCAGUUCCCCCGCCGACUGACGCGCGUAAACACAAACACACACACACGGUGGAUGCAGGAAAACCGGAGAUGAGACGUAGUAACAGGAUGACCUAAAUUGAGGACAGCUACGCUCAUUAUUGUAAGUGCAAUGAUAAAUUAAAGUCCAGCGUGUCCCAGCUCAGGAUAGGAACUAAACAAUGUAAAGAUCAACAAGCCACUGACACAUUCACGUUCAAAUUUGAGUCAUUCAAUAAAUUAUUUUUUUGUCUUAAGUCCAGCCAUUUUCAUAUUAUACCAACAUUUGCAGCAUCCUGAGCCUUUUUGACAAGGUUUCUAGUAAAAGUCAGCCCAGAGUAAUUUUCUUCUCUCCAAAGCAAGUUUACUAUACAAAAAAAACAAACUAAAUUGCAACAAACAAACAAAAAACAUUGCAAGUUUUAUCGCAAUUCUUUACAAAAGCUCAUGCAACAUAAGGCAUUUUGGGAAGCAACAAUCUAAAAAAAAAAAGCCGAAAUCCUGGAGUGAGGGUUUAACGAUGAUAAGAAAUUAUCAUCCAAAAAAUAAAAAUGCAAUAUGUUGCAAGUAAGUUCUAUUUUACAAAAGGGCAUGUAGAGAUCCAAAAUUUUUUUUUUUGUAUUUUAUUAUUUCAGUAACGCAUGCAUUUAUCAGCAGUGAUGUUUGGAAUGAGGAUAACAGAUAGUUAUCAUGGCCAACCAAUAUGCAUUAAAAUAUAAAUUAUAUCUCCCAGCCUAUUUCAAGUAUGCCGUUACUGUAUGUUGGGCACACCCUACUGUUAUUGUAUAUUAAGUCUUUUUUAUGGUAUCAUAUUUCCAAAGAAUACAAAUCAGUUUAUCACCUGAAGAGGUAUCAUGUUUCCCUAGUAUGUCGAUUGUUAUUACAACAAAUACUGUAAUAUUCAGACCAAAUGUAAGAAGUAGUCAUUGGACCAAUGUAUGUCUUAUUUCAUGUUGUGUGUAGCUGUCGUUUUUAUAAAAAUGUAUAGUUUAAAAAAGGCAUCAAAAGGCCACCAUGUCAUGGGACCUUUAAUGUAUAAUAGUUUUACAUGACAGAUAAUCUGAGUGUUGUUCUGAGUUUUGUUUAUGUAUUACUUUAAUGAUACAUUGUUUUGAUAAUCUUAGAACUCUGAAUAUAUGCAGGUGCCAUUGUACUCUGUUAAGGAUUAAUGAUUCUGAUGAACGUUAUGUCUUUGUCAUUUAUAAGAAACAAUUAUAAAACACACUCCAGUAUUUUUUCAACGAUGGCUUUGAUUAAUGUCAUAAGAACUUUUGUGUUAUCUCUAAUUUUUUUGAGAUCUUUAGUGACAGAUAAUAAACGAAUCCCAAAGAUAGUCAUGUAUUCAUAACUUUUUAUACUCCUAUAUACUCUUAAAGCUGCUCACGGCCUGCAACUUGGAAAGAUUUAGUGUAGGGCUAUGAUGAUGAUGAUGGAUG